CGACGGAGGAAGCCGUUGCCGCCGCCGCCCUCAGUCUCCGCCUGAGCCGGGAGGGAAGAGGCCUGCACAGCCCUCAAUAUGAACAAGUUGAAAUCAUCACAGAAGGAUAAAGUGCGUCAAUUUAUGGUCUUCACACAAUCUAGUGAAAAGACAGCAGUGAGUUGUCUGUCUCAAAAUGACUGGAAGUUAGAUGUUGCAACAGACAACUUUUUCCAAAAUCCUGAACUUUAUAUACGAGAGACCGUUAAAGGAUCAUUGGACAGAAAGAAGUUAGAACAACUAUAUAACAGAUACAAAGAUCCUCAAGAUGAAAACAAAAUUGGUAUAGAUGGCAUACAGCAGUUCUGUGAUGAUCUAGCUCUUGACCCAGCCAGCAUUACUGUACUCAUUAUUGCAUGGAAAUUCCGAGCUGCAACACAGUGUGAAUUUUCAAAGCUGGAAUUCAUGGAUGGAAUGACUGAGCUAGGAUGUGACAGCAUAGAAAAACUGAAGGCCCAGAUUCCUAAAAUGGAACAAGAAUUAAAAGAACCAGGAAGAUUUAAGGAUUUUUAUCAGUUUACUUUCAACUUUGCAAAGAAUCCGGGACAGAAAGGUUUAGAUUUAGAAAUGGCCAUUGCCUACUGGAAUUUAGUACUUAAUGGAAGAUUUAAAUUUCUAGACUUGUGGAACAAAUUUUUGUUGGAACAUCAUAAAAGAUCAAUUCCUAAGGAUACCUGGAAUCUCCUUCUAGACUUUAGUACAAUGAUAGCAGAUGAUAUGUCUAACUAUGAUGAGGAAGGGGCAUGGCCAGUUCUUAUUGAUGACUUUGUGGAAUUUGCACGCCCUCAAAUUGCUGGGACAAAAAGUACGACAGUGUAGCACUAAAGGACCCUUCUAGAGUGUACAUAGUCUGUACAAAUACCUGAAAUGGAAAAUUGCACAGUCAAUUUCUGCUGGCUGGACUGAACUGAAGAUCAAUCCUCACAGUAUGGCUGAGGGUUGAGACAAACCUUUAAGAAUACAUCUUGGACCAUAUCAUAUUUCAUUCUUCUACUGGUGGUUUGGGCUUUUCUUCUAGUCUGGACCACUCUUGCCCGUUAAAAUUCCAACAUUGUGGAUUCAUCAUGGAUUUUACUUUUUUUUUUUUGUGGACUACCCUAGUUUCAUCUCCCGUAAGUCCUAGAAGCUUUAUAAUUAUUUUGAGGUUUCUGGUUUCACAUAAAGCACAAUGCUGGUCAUCAUCAGACAACUGUUGUAUGGCAUCUGAAUUAUACAGAUCAACAUCAAAACAAUUUUUAAAAGAAUUCUUAAAUAUACACUUGGGGCUAGUUGCAAAGACUGUAUUGAUAGCACUUCCUGUAAGAGUGAUAUAUUUAAGUGUACUGGGUCCGAUAUAUAUAUAUAUAUUUUUUUCUUUUCUGGAAAAGUGCAGGUAUCGUCUAAGUGAGUUUGAGUAUCUGGUAAAAACAAUUACAGAAAUAACCAAGAAAACCCAAGGUUGUUGAUACUGGGGUAUCUAGGUGCCUAUCUGAAUGGUUUGAUUGUACAUCAGCUGACUGUGAGAACAGUUGAAGUACGACACAACUACUGUGCACUUAAAGCACCCGUGUUUAAUGUUAUAGUCAGCCUUCAGUGAACGUUAUUGAGAUAAGCUGUGUGCGUCCUGAUAGAAUCUAAUAUUCUCUAGGUUAUUAUCUAAGAAAUCAGAUUUCAUUACAGUUUUGAAAUGCUUAUCUGUCUAUCAAAGAAAGGUUUUUCAUUUCUGUGGAAAUCUAAAACUUGAAUAUACUGAAUUUGUGUCUUAAAUGUUUGCUACACAAUACAGUAUUUUAAAUUGAGACAUGGAAUUUUUAUGGUUGAGGUAUGACGAAACAAGUGGCCCUGUUGUACAAGAAGGUGGUGAGUUUGAUGUGAAUCUAGGUUUUGAAACCAUUAUCCUGAGAAGAAAGUUGAAUCUUUAUAACAUAUAGGUACUGCCAUUAUGGAUGACACCCAUUUUUUAAUUAUUUUGUUGAGUUUUCCUUAAAUUGACAUAUCACUGUGGUUGCCAAAUACAGAAAUUAAGAGUAAAGCUUUCCCAAACAAGCGCAAAUCAGAUACAAAAUACUACACUGGCUUUGUUUGCUUAAAUUAUUUUGUUGAUCCAUCACUACUACUUACUGUCUUACUGCAUUUAACUAAAUCGUUCGUUUUGUUCAAAACAGGUUUUAGCAGAUGCAAUUCUUCUUUAUUUUUAAUACUACAAGAGCUCUUGAGCUGCUUUUGUGCUAAACAUGGUCUUUUUCUCCUCAGUUAGUUACUUGUGAAGAGAUCUGAUAAAUACUACUCUAUAAACCAAGCUGGAAAAUACCAAGCUCCAGGAAAAAAAAGACUAUAGCUACAAGUAAGGAUAGAGGUUUAAGUCCAUGCUCUACAUAGUCCCAUGAUAAGGCCAGAAUUACUUUUGAAAUGAGUAAUUGGUACUUGCACUAAACAGCAGAACACUUUUACGCAGAUGCUAAAAAUAUUUUAGGAAAAAAUUUACUAUUAAACUGCUAAAAAUUUUUUUAUUUGUAUUCUCUGAAGUUGACCAUAAGGCUAGUUCCCCUUAUAGCAGUGCUCUUUUAAGGAAAUCCAAUUGUGCAUUUAUUUCAAGAUUACAGAUCCAAAAAAACCCAUAGCAAUCUUUCUCCAGCUACUGGAAUUGGCUAUGCCAAAAAAACUGUGUGUUUUGCUGCUUUCAGUAUUUCCUUUCUCAGUUUUGUGUAAAUAUAAA